AUGUUCAACAAGACGACAGCCAAGCUCCCUCCAAGAAUUGAGAAAUGGGUGAUGAACAUGCAAGACGUCGACUUUGAACUUGUCUAUGAACCAGGCAAGGACGAAGCAGACCCGCUAGACUUCCUUUCCAGACACCCCCUGCCGGAGACUGGAACGGAUAGCACCGAGAAGAUGAUAAAACAAGUCAUAGAAGCAGACCAUGCAGUUAUCAUCGACCGAAUCAGAUAUGAAACCCAACAUGACAAACAGCUCCAGAAACUACACAAGAGAAUCCGUGCGGAAGACUGGGAAAGUCACAGAAAGGACCCAGACAUCACACCUUUCUAUUCAAUCCGACAGGAGCUGUACGAAGCAGACGGCCUGAUGUUCCGACUUAACCGCAUCGUCAUACCCAACUGCCUGCAGCACAAAGUCAUCAAGGCAGCACACAGCUUAGGACAUCUCGGGAUGACGAAGACCAAGCAGAUGCUCCGAGAGAAAUACUGGUUUCCAAUGAUGAACAGUAUGGUGGAGCAGAUCAUCGGACAAUGCUACGAAUGCCAGGUAACUACAAAAGACCAUAAGCAGCAACCAAUCAAGAUGACACCCAUACCAGAGAAACCAUGGGAAGUUAUCGCUGUAGACUUCGGAGGACCGUACCCAGAUGGUCACUACAACCUAGUCGCUGUAGAUAAACGUACGAGAUACCCAGAAGUCAAGACUACCCACUCAACGGCGUUCAAACCGACAAUGGAGAAAUUGAAGGAGAUGUUCGCUGCACACGGGACACCGCGACGACUAGAAAGCGACAAUGGGCCCCCUUUCAACUCCAAGGAAUUCACUGAAUUCGCCAAGCGAGAGGGACUCCACCACCAUAAAGUCACACCAGACCAUGCCAGAGCUAACGGAGAAGCCGAGAGUUUCAUGAAGUUGCUGAACCGAGCAGAGCAAAUUGCCCAUCUUCAGAAGAAGAACAGAAACAUCAUCAUCCAGGAGAUGCUCACUGGAUACCGCUCAACGCCACACCCAGCAACUAACAUCACACCAUACGAAGCACUGAUGAACAGACCGGUGAGAACAAAGCUUGACCACCAACCCGGAAAACACACUCAAAACAUCAAGGACAGCAUCAUUGACGAAAACGACAAACAGUACAAGGAAAGGCUGAAACAGAAUGCUGAAAACAGGAAUACAAAACAACACAACUUUGUAGUUGGAGACUACGUCCUUCUCAAACAGACCAAGAAGAACAAAUGGAGCACAGCAUAUGAACCGGCAUUCUACAUCAUAUACCGCAUCGAUAACUCAUCCAUAGCAGCCAGAAGAGUCACCGACGGGCGAGACAUUUAUCGAGAUGCCAGCCACUUUAAACUUGUCAACAGCGUAGUGCGCAACACAGAUGACGUAACCAUGCAUCAGGAUGAUGCAGAAUCCGAGGACGACUGGAGAGAAGGCAUUCUUCUUCAAUCGAACCCUGAAACCCAGCCAGAUGAAACCAGUCCUACACAACCAGAUCUCUCUUCAAACAAAGAAUCUACAUCCAGAUCUGUCUUCACACCGCCAGAAGCAAAACCAUCUACGCAGACAUCACCAGAACCACACACUAGGCCAAGAAGGAACCGCCAACGACCAACCUACUUGAGAGACUAUGUUGACUAG